UAAGCCCAUAGUGUUGCUCUCCAAUCUAACGGUUCUGAAACCCCUAUAAAUGUUUAAGUUUGUUUCGCCUACUUCCAAUCACCUAUCUCCCAUAUAAAACUGGUUGGGAACUUUUUUGGAAAGGGUUGUUUCCGAAAUAUAGAUGUGAUGAAGACAACUAGGAUCGAUAGGCAAUAAUAAUUAUAGUUUAGAAUAAUUUUUCACUUUCAGAAAGAAGCAAUGUUAUGUCUAUAUGCAGCAGUGUUUUGUAUUAGUUUGUUCAAUAUUUGUCUCGUUUACGGAUGGAAACAACCUGAGUUAGAAUAUAAUGAAGAUUCUUUUGGGGUUGGUUCAUCUCCAAAAUGGGAUGAUGGUAAUGAAAAAAGAAAUGACGGCACAUGGUGGACUAAAAAAUCCAUUCACGAGGAGGAAUUCUCAAACGGUUGCUCUUUGGAAAAAUGCAUGAUGCUAUUCAAAGAUUGCUUGCGUCAGGCUGAAAGCAAAAACAUUUUUAUGCAUUGCAAAGAGACCCAUCUAUCUUGCUUAGCCAGCUGUUUCAGGAAAUACAAAGAGAGAUUUUUAUUCAAUAGCGUCGCUUUGGAUUCCUGAAGAUUUUCUCUGUCAUCAGAUGCGGAAGAAUUAUUUGUUCGAAAAAGACCUUCGCUAUGGACACCUCGAUUCUGGCAAUUGUUUUUCCUGUUUUGUACACUUUAGAGUAACAAAAAUAAAUAAGAACUUUUAAUUUUAA